AAUAGAAAAACAAUAUGAACAACAAGAAUCAAUUUCAAAUUAAAGCAUAAGGUACAAGUAAAACCACUUAAUCAUACCCUUCAAUCAAAAAUAACUUUAGGUAAACGUAACAAGAAAGAAUCUACAUGGUUAUACUUUAGAAGUUUAGCGCAAAUUAUUAGUCCCAAAAGUUCAACUUAUAUUGCUAAAUAUGGCAGGGGAAUGUAAAUAUAGAUGCAGUGGUAAAUUAACCUUUGCAUGAAUCACGUUGUUGCACAUCUCUAUGAUCAUAAAGUAGUUAAGCUAGCUUAUAUAUGAGGAGCAAGAAAGGUAAUUAUUCUAUCAAUUUUCUCUUUCCUUUCUUUCUCAGCUUACAAAGCACCAUUAACCAAACCUACAAGAGGAGUUUGGUCUACAUCAAACCAACCAGCCAUUUUCUGCUUGUUUUUUCUUUUUACCAUUUUUGUUAAUUCUUCUCUCUCUGUGCUGAAAUUAUGUUGAACCUUUCUCUGAUGAACAAUAUUACUCAUGCAACAAUAAUAACAAGGAUCUCUACUUUGAGCCAGCAGAGAAGCAUUCAUCCAACAAAGCUGCAUUCUUCUUAUUGCAUUGCGUCUUCUUCGUCGUCAACAGCUGCCUCUUUUAUAUCCAACUCACUACAAUAUGACGAACAGAAAUGCAAUAACGUUCUGCCACUGUGUCCACCACUCAGUCAGAGUGUUGCAGCUAUUGUAUUUGGUGAUGGAUCGAAAGAAUCAUCAAAGAGGCUAUAUCCAUUGACAAAGCGAAGAUCUGAAGGAGCUAUUCCAAUUGCAGCAAAUUACAGACUUAUUGAUGCAGUAAUCAGCAAUUGCAUUAACAGCAACAUUUCCAAGAUAUAUGCUCUCACACAGUUCAAUUCGACAUCUCUUAAUUCCCACCUCUCAAGGGCAUAUUCUGGCGCAGGACUAGUUGGUAAACAGGGCUUCGACGUUGAAGUUAUUGCUGCAUACCAGAGCCGCGAAGACCAAGGCUGGUUUCAGGGGACGGCUGACGCAGUGAGAAGAUGCCUGUGGGUAUUGGAAGAUGAUCAUAAUUCAGCACUUGAGUUCAUACUCCUUCCUGGCCACCAUCUAUAUAAAAUGGACUAUCAGAACCUUUUAGCCACCCAUCGCAGUAGCAAUGCAGAUAUCACUUUAGCGGUUGCUCCUCCAGCACACCACAUAAAGCCUAAUAAUGGACACUCGAGUUUCGGAUAUGUCACAGUAAAUUCUGAAAAUGAAGUUCUUGAAUUUAGAGAGAAACAAGAGUCAGAGAAACCGAAUCCUACAGCAGAAGCAGAGAACUCAAGAAAAUCAAAAAACGGUAUUAGCACGAGCAGCUACAGGAGCAUGGGUAUUUACGUCAUUAAGAAAGAUGCAAUGGUAAAGCUUCUAAGAGAGUACUUCCCCAUGGCCAAUGACUUGGCAACAGAAAUUAUACCAGGAGCAGUCAAAAUAGGAAUGAAGGUUCAGUCAUACAUAUUUGGUGGGUACUGGGAGGAUAUGACAAAUAUCAAAGCAUUCUACAAAGCCAGUAUGGAAAGCACAAAGAACUCGACCAGUGGAUAUAACUUCUACGAUAGAGAGUCUACCUUGUACACGUUGCCGAAGUGUCUCCCUCCUUCUCUGAUAAUGGACGCUAUCAUAACAGACAGUAUCAUAGGAGGUGGUUGCAUCCUCAAUAGUUGCAACAUCAGGGGUUCGGUAAUUGGUACAAGAACAAGGAUUGGAGAUCGAACUGUGAUCGAGGAUUCAGUAUUAAUGGGUGCUGAUAUUUACCAACAAACAACAUAUGGAGAUCAAUGCAUUGGAGAAGAGGGAACUGGCAUUGGCAUUCCUAUUGGAAUUGGGGAAAACUCUUACAUAAGAAAAGCCAUAAUAGAUAAGAAUGUGAGGAUUGGCAAAAACAUCAGGAUUACGAAUAAAGACAAUGUCCAAGAAGGAAACAGAGAAGCGUUAGGGUACAUUAUUAGUGGAGGAAUAGUCAUUGUCUUGAGAAAUACAGUCAUUCCGGAUGGAAGCAUACUAUGAGAAUUACAGCGCUCAGAAAUAUAUCAUAUAAAUUUCUAUCUAUUUAGGGAACAAAAAGAAAGAAAGAAGUCCAACUAUAGAAAGCUUAAUAUCUUAUUAUUUUUCCUUAUACAGUUCAGAAAAGCUUAGUGCUUAAAUCACUAAAAUGUCAUAAAUAAGCUUAGUUCUUAAUAUCAUAAUAUUCGAGAU